AAAAAAGUUGUCUUGAUCGAUGCAAAAACAGAGGUACGAAAACAAAUCCUGCGAGAGCUUCAGAUUCUGCACGAAUGUAACAGUCCACACAUUGUCAGCUUCUAUGGUGCCUUUCUGGCUGAGCCACAUAUCUGUAUGUGUAUGGAAUACAUGGACGUUGGAUCGCUCGAUUCGAUAUACAAGAAGAACGGACCAAUCAAGCCUGACAUCUGCGGACAGGUCAUCAUCGCUGUCGUUCGUGGACUUACCUACCUAUAUGCCAAUCACAAGAUUAUCCAUCGUGAUGUAAAGCCGAGCAAUAUUCUCGUCAAUGGAGAAGGAAGGAUCAAGAUUAUCGAUUUCGGUGUUUCGGGAGAGCUUAUCAAUUCAAUCGCGGAUACGUUUGUCGGAACGAGUACAUACAUGAGUCCAGAACGAAUCAAAGGAGAUCAAUAUAGUGUCAAGUCUGACGUUUGGUCUUUGGGUGUCUCGAUUAUCGAAUUGGCCCUUGGAAGAUUCCCAUUCGCAGAGAAUGAUGAAGAGGAAGAUGAAGAAGUGCCGGAAGAGUUACAAGGAACGCUAUCUCCCAAUAAGCCUGGUAGUGGUUUGGCUGCAAAACAGAGGAAAGGAGAUCGAUCAGCCGAAUCAAACGGAGGAGGGUUUAGUAUGUUUGAUCUUUUGCAAAGGAUUGUCAAUGAGCCACCUCUAGCGCUACCACGAGGAGAUGGACGCUUUUCCAAUGAAUUCUGUGACUUUAUCGAUCUAUGUCUACGAAAAGACCUAAGUGCAAGACCAAGUCCGAAGGAAUUGAGUAACAACGCAUAUUUCAAGAAGAUAGAAGGGCGAAAGGUAGAUUUGUUGGAUUGGGUUAAAAGCUUAAAAAAGUAAUCUUGAUCAAAAGCGAUUCUUAAGCACCUUCAUUCAUGUCUUUUAUAAUCACAUCAUUUUCAUCUUCAAUCCUCAUACUGUUUCAUGAUUCUGGCUGUGAGUUGGUGGGUGUAUUAUCGAAAGUUCGGAGUGGCGGUCUUUUCAAGGACUGGAGGGGAGUUCUUCCAGAAUCAUAAUAUCACGAGAUAUCCUCUCAUUCUCUCACGCCACAAGAGAUGUAAUCGAAAUUUAUA